AUGGGUGCUGCCAUCUCCCUGCGCUGCACUACCCUGCCCGCCUCCAUCAGCGUGCAGUUAACACCAAAAGGCAGUAUAGGCAUGAAGAAGCCGUCCCCCACCCGCAAGUGCCAGCUCGGACCAGCAGGGGGAGACCUGGUCCACCGAAUACAAACUGCUGCGUUUCUCCGCAAGAAUCUUGGAUCUGGGCUCGAGCCCGAUGGGGACUGCCGGGGGCCUGUGUUCCAUGUGUUCUCGGAGAGACACACAAACCCCGCCAGCCCGCCCAGCGCGGUCCUGGGGCAGCAGUGCAGCGGAGGGGCUGCAGGUGGGAGCCAGCAAAGCCUGUCCACAGUGGGACAGCCGGAGCAGGCCGGGGCCUGGCCGGAGCAGGCCGGGGCCUGGACACCAGAGUGGAGUCAGGUGCUGGGGCCCCUGCUCUGGACGGCCAUCAGCAAGGCGCUUGCCGCGUUCCUGGCCACCGGGCCGUAUGUGUUCUUUGGUGUGGGUUCCGUCGCUCUGCCCUGGUCGCUGGCAUUUCCCUCUGUGCUGCAGAUCGCCAUCACCUUCAACCUGGUCACGCAGGUCACCUGGAAGUCCAGCAGGGCCCAUGUCAACCCUGCGGUGACGCGGGCUUACCUUGUGGGCUCCCAAAUCUCUCUGCCCCGUGCUGUGGCCUAUGUGGCUGCCCAGCUGGUAGGGGCCAUUGUGGGGGCUGCUCUGCUUUACAGGGUCACACCAGGGGACAUCCGAGAGACCCUUGGGGUCAAUGAGACCCGCAGCAGCGUCUCAACUGGCCAGGCGGUGGCAGUGGAGCUGGUUCUGACCCUGCAGAUGGUGCUCUGUGUCCUGGCGUCCACCUCCAGCUCCCCGGCCACCAUGAUUGGGGUCUCUGUGGCAUUGGGCCACCUCAUUGGAAUCUACUUCACUGGCCGUUCCAUGAACCCAGUGCUCCUUGGGAAGUUUGAAGUCCACUGGAUCUUCUGGGUGGGGCCCCUGACAGGGGCUGUCCUGGCCUUGCUGAUCUACAACUUCGUCCUGUUCCCUGACACCAAGACUCUGGCCCAGCAACUGGCCAUCCUCACAGGCACCGCAGAGGUGGGGAAAGUGGUGGAGGUGCAGCCCCGGAAAAAGGAAUCCCAGUUCAGCAGACACCCAAGUGCAGUGUGUGUCGGAAAAUAUGGAACUUGGCCCCAGCUCUCAGGCCUCUGA